AUGGAAGGACGUAUUGGUGUUGCAAUUACUGUACUUUUAACGUUAUCAACCGAAUCAGCUGGUGCUCGCGAACAUCUUCCAAGUGUUUCCUAUAUGAAGGCAAUUGAUUUAUGGUUUGGUUUUAUUACAGCUUUUGUUUUCAUUACACUUCUUCAAACGCUUAUUGUUAUUGCGUUGGAUAAACGAGCCAAACAAAUGAGAAAGUCAGCAGCGAAGAAAAAAAGUGAAUUAACGGAGCAAUCACGCGAACUAAUGUUAGCCAGAGCCGAACGGUGCCAUAAACGUGGAAGGUAUUUAGACCAUUUUUGUCGCUUAUUCUAUCCAUUGGGAUUCCUGAUAUUUCUCAUCACAUAUUAUUUCGUGUUCACCGAAGGACGACAAAACGACUGUGUUUUAACUGGCAGACAAACCUGA